AUAUAAAGUGCGUAAGCUAGCCCAGAAUGGUAUCAAAGUUUAGUUAACCAGCAACGUUUCAACACGGUUCCCAUCCUUGCCAGUAUCAGUCCUUCCGCAGAGUGUUGUUCAACUCAGAACAUAAUUGCCGAAAAUGUUGUCUAAGGUAUUCGUCCUGCUUGCAGCUGUCGCCGUUGGCGUCCAUUCGUUGCCAGUGGAUGUGGUUGCCGUUAAGACCGAGGAAUACGACGCUCAUCCCCAGUAUAGCUACUCGUACGGCGUUAACGAUGCCGUCACCGGAGACAACAAAGAACAGCACGAGACCCGAGAUGGCGAUGUUGUAACUGGCCAGUACUCCCUGGUUGAACCCGACGGCACUCGCCGCACCGUGGACUACACGGCUGAUCCCGUCAAUGGAUUCAACGCCGUCGUCAGCAAGUCCGGAGAACCUACCGUCGUGAAAUCCGUUGCCUAUGCCCAUGCCCCAACUGUUCACCUUGCCCAUGCCCCAGCUGUUCACCUAGCCCACGCCCCGAUUGCCUACCAUAGUCCAGCCGUGGCUUACCAUGCAGCCCCGACCGUCACGGUGUCUCAAGCACCAACCAUCACCGUUUCCCAUGCCCCAGCUCUAACCUAUCACAGCCAACCCACGACUCUGGUGCACCACGCACCCCUGCAGCUGCACCAUGAAGUCCAUGAACUGCACCACCAACCCCUGCUGGCCCACAGCCUGUACCAUCGCUAAGUGCGGAGGACGGAAUUGUUUCAUAUCGCAGAGUGCACCGAACGAACCCCCUGCCAUUCUAUCUCGGACCGUACGGCGAUGAAAUGAACUUGAAUUCGGAUUGGACCCCCCCCCCCUCAGAUAACGGCGGCGCAACACUCGUAGGGUUUACGCGAUGACUCAAACUUGUUCUGUUCUGUAGUUACACAUACACUGGUUGCAACAUGAGAUGAGAUUAUCGAAUAAAGUAUUGUUUUUUUUUAUUAUACAAUUACUAAUUAGUAAUGUAAGGACGUAAACACA